CCCUCCCGGCAGCGCCGUUGCCGGUGUCGGCCUUCGCCGUGUGGUGACUCGCGGCAGCGAUCCCGUAGCUGAACUCUUCGUCGUUUUCUUUUAAAAUCUUCCCGCUUCGGGGCAGCGAGGUGGCGGUCAGGAGAGCGGGGCUAGCUGGGCUUCACAUUCCGAGGCCGGGUUGGGUGCUUACGAGAGGGAUAGCUGAAGGAAGUGGCUCACCGUGCAAGUCUUUCUGCAUCUUACAGAGUCGGGUUUUGUUUAACAGGAGUAAUGACAGAUAUUCAAAGAGACGCUCGAUAAAUUAUUUUUAGGAUAGGAUCCCACCAUGCUUCUGUCCCAUCCCGGCCUGCUGUUUGGUUUGUGGCCCGGUGUUGCUUUUUUGAAAUGGAGUUCAGGUGCUUUUCUUCAGAUAGUGAAGGGGGGAGGGAAGAAAAAACAUAUUAGCGGAAGGAAAGGUAGGUUUGUGAACUGUUGCUUAAAAGAAAGGAGAAUAUUUCAUGUGUUGCCAUGUCUGAAGAUGCUUUAUUGGAAGAGGACAUUUGGGAGUACAAAUCCAUUAGGAAGCAAAAGCAUCAGAGUAAUUCAGAGAGCAUCUCUACACCUGUGCAGAAAGUAAGUGAUGGCAAGUGCAGGCCAAAAAGAAAGAGAAAUAGAAAUAAAAAAAAAUCUGUAGAAAAAACUGAUACGCUUCAGAAAACUGAGCAGAGAUCAGGGCCAAAUCAGGAUGCAGAUCAAUGUAAAGAUGACAGUAGUGUGCACUCCCAGGAAAGUGUGAGUAGCCUGGCGGAACAGAGCUCACAAAAUGCAAAGCCUGUUCAUGAUGGAUACUGUCCGAGCUGCCAGAUGCCUUUCUCUUUGCUAUUGGUCCAGACACCUCGAUGGCACGUUGCUGAAUGUUUGGAUACUCCAGGAUCCAUUGAAAAAGAGUGUCCUGAUGGUUUACUGUGCACUUCCACCAUUCCAUCCCACUACAAGCGUUAUAGCCAUUUUCUACUUGCAGCAAGCAGGGCAGGAGAUUAUCUUGUGAACUCUUCCGCAAACACUUUGGAGAGGAAGAUGACAUAUUCUACUGCUGCAAAGCCCAGCUGUUCCCCAAGUCAUGUAGAGGAAAUCUCACAGAAUGAGAAACCAUCUAAUAAUGUAAAAAAUGUCCCAAAUGAUGACUGUACAUUGAUGGUACAGAGUUCACCACAAAUGAAGUCUCUAAAUAUAAUCAGUGAAACUCCUUCCUCUUUUACAGAUGUUCAAAAGCCUCAACAGACAUUUCAGCUUACACAGAGCACAGAUAAUAGUUGUAAAUUUGAAUUUUAUGACUUUGCAUCCUCUCAAGAAAGUAGAACAGGAGAAGAUCUGUGUAGUCAGAAAGAUACAAAUCAGCCAAGUCUACUACAGUCAAAAGUGGACUUUAGUGACUGUGAAAUUUCUUAUUCUCCAUUGAGUACUUUUGAGGAAAGUGAAGAGGAACCUGAGGAAGAGGAGAAGAAAGUAAAAAUAUCACAAAAUAAAUUAUUCAAAGUCUGGAACUUUGAAGAUGAAGAAUCUAAUUCUGUGGUGUUUAAAACACUUGAUGGACUUCUCUUACAGCAGAAGCCUCAGUAUGAGCAUACCAAAAUGGGAAAUUUAAUAAUUAAAAAAAACCACUGUGAGGAAGUAAAUACAUUGAACCAUCUAGAUCAUUGCGUAAAAACUGUUUCUCAGAGUCACACGAACAGCAAGUUCUGUAAUUCAACAUGUGUAGAUAAUCAGCAUCAGCAAGAGGUGCUAGCCAGUGGAUCCUCUUUUCCUUCUAAUUGCGAGGAGGUUGAACAGCCAGAAUUGAUCUCCUCUGCUGCUAAAGCAGGUAACACAGAGUCAGAAGAUACUGGUGCUUGGGAUUCUGCAUACGUGGGUUUUACUGAGACAUCAGCACUGCUAGUCAGAGAAGAAGCUGGGUCUCUUCUGACACAGAAUGGUAAUGUUUUGAGGGACCCAAGUAACAUUUUAACUAAUACAGAUAAAAUGACUGCCAAUGCAAUUGAAAAAACAACUUGCCAGGAGAGUUUGCAGUCAGUAAUAGAGAAGGAAGGAAAUCUUGAUACAGCUGCUGUGUGCUUUCCCAGCCCCAUCUGUAAAACAGUACCGUCUCUUUCUUUAGCAAGUAUGAAUGCCAAAUCCAGUUCUGCCAAAGAACUAAAACAAAUGGACAUUGGUGUUUUCUUUGGUUUAAAACCCAAAGUAAAAGAGGAAAGCAAAGGAGAGACAUGUUUGAGUGAGGGAAAGCAGAUAUCAAGUUCAGUAACUCCCAAUGGAAAGAGGCCCAGACAGCAAAAAAGGAAAGCUGAAGGGUCUGUGGAAGAUGUAGAAGCAGGUAUAGAAAGUUCAAGUAAAAAUGGAGCCUCUGCAGAUAUAAGUUCUGGUGGCCAACGAAGGUGGAGAAAAAAAAUUAAAGAAUUAUCUACUACAGGUGAAGGAACAAGAAAAAAACACUGCCCUUUCUACAAGAAAAUACCAGGAACUGGUUUUACAGUUGAUGCCUUCCAGUAUGGAGAAAUUGAAGGCUGCACAGCUUAUUUCCUUACUCAUUUUCACUCUGAUCACUAUUGUGGGCUAACAAAAAACUUCAUGUUUCCAGUCUACUGUAAUAAGAUAACUGGCAAUCUGGUGAAGAGCAAACUUCGAGUCAAAGAGCAGUACGUCCACGUGCUGCCAAUGGACACAGAAUGUAUAGUGAAUGGGAUCAAAGUGAUGUUGCUCGAUGCCAAUCAUUGUCCAGGUGCCACAAUGAUCCUUUUCUAUCUACCGAGCGGAACUGUUAUUCUGCACACAGGAGACUUCAGGGCCGAUCCUUCUAUGGAGCGCUACCCUGCUUUGAUUGGUCAACAAGUCCACACCCUUUACCUUGAUACCACAUACUGUAGUCCUGAAUACACUUUUCCUUCUCAACAAGAGGUUAUCCAGUUUGCUGUCAAUACUGCCUUUGAGACAGUGACUUUAAACCCGCGUACUCUAGUUGUCUGUGGCACCUAUUCCAUUGGAAAAGAAAAAGUUUUUUUAGCAAUUGCUGAAGUUCUGGGCUCAAAAGCAAGUAUGUCUCGCGAUAAGUACAAAACACUGCAGUGCUUGGAGUCAGCAGCUGUUAAUUCCCUCAUCAGUGUGGACUGGGAUAGUACUUUGCUUCACGUUCUUCCCAUGAUGCAAAUUAAUUUUAAGGGCUUGCAAGAUCACUUGAAUAAGUUUUCUGAGAAUUUUGAUCAAGUUCUAGCUUUCAAACCUACUGGGUGGACCUACUCUGAUUCAUGCCUUUCUCUGGUGGAUAUCAAACCUCAGACAAGAGGAAAGAUCACCAUAUAUGGGAUUCCUUACAGUGAACACAGCAGUUACCUGGAGAUGAAGCGUUUUGUUCAAUGGUUGAAGCCACAGAAAAUCAUCCCCACUGUAAAUGUUGGUGACUGGAGAGCCAGAAGCUUGAUGGAGAAGCAUUUUAGAGACUGGAUGAUUGAGGGCAGUAGGCAUAAAUAGAUAUAAGAAAGAAUGUAUAUUUCAAAGGAGAUAGGCUGGAGUGGGAAUUGUGAGUUCCUGUGAGUUUUAUUUAACUCCUUUUUCCACGGAGCUCUCUUUAGGAAGGACAAAGCUGCCAUUCUCCUGAGAAAGCUGAAUUUGGAAAAAAAAAAAAAAAAAGGCACCUUGCUUCCUCAUGUACCUACUACUUAUUUUUCCCAUAACUUUUUUGCAAAUGCAUAUUUCAGGUUAUUUUUAUCUUACUCCUUUUUCCCCAUUCUUAAUUUUCCUCAGAUUAUGGAGAUGCUCAGAUGCAUAAUGCUGGGGAAGAAACCACCUCCGGGUUAAUAAUUUCUGAAAAGAAGUUAUUGUAAUAAAUGAGACAAUAUUAAGCUUAUGUCACAUGCGGUCAAUUCAGGCUUCAGAGAAGCUCGUUUCAUGCGGCAGAACUGGCUAUUGUGACUUAAGUCUUGUAAACAAAAUUUACCUUGUGAGAGAGGAUUGGCUCGGGCUCUUGCAGCAUACAUACUUCGGAGAAUGAUUUUUAUAAAAGACACUGCUACCUACAUUCUGCUCAAGGUUUUCUGAUUUUUUUUUUUUUUUUAAAAAUAAAGAACCUACAUGAAGCCUGUGUGUUCUU